AUGGACUUCCACCUCGAAAAACCCAACGCCUCCUUCGUCGAAGACACAGACCACCAACUCGGCCACAUAGCCAACCAAGAAGACCACGAACUAACAAAGUGGCAAUCCCUCCGCAAAUACCCCUGGACCUUUACCUGGUGCAUCUACGCCGUCUGGUGCAUCCUGCUCGUGAGCUUCGAGAACCAAGCCUCGGGCAACGUGACCGGCAUCCCAGAAUUUCGCAAAGACUUCGGCCACUACUAUGCCGGCAGCUGGGUGCUGGAAGCAAAGUGGCAAUCCGCAUUCAGCGGCGCUCCUGUUGCGUCGGCGGUCGUGGGUGCGUUGUGUUCGGGUCAGAUUGCCGAUACGAUCGGGCGCAAGAUUACUAUCUUUGUUGCGUUGUUGAUUAGUGUUGCCGCCGUGACGUUGGAGUUUCGUGCAACGACGAACGAGAUGUUUUUGGGGGGGAAGUUUUUGAAUGGGUUUGCGGUUGGGGCGUUGGCUUCGGUGCCGAUUACCUAUAUUGGCGAGAUCGCGCCUCUCGCUCUUCGCGGUGUCCUCACCUGCCUCACGGCUUUGGCCUAUGUCAUCGGUCCAUUGGUGGUGGCCCUCAUCACCAACUCGACAGGAACAUACACCAACCGCUGGGCCUACCGCGCCGUCUUCGUAGCGCAAUACGGCUACGCCGCAAUCGCACUAGCCUUCAUCCCCUUCAUGCCCGAGUCACCCUGGUGGAUCGUCUCAAAGAACCGCGACGAAAAAGCUCUCACGUCGCUGCGCAAACUGGGAUACACGGAAGAAGAGCGGAUCAAGAAGAUUGCUUUGAUCAAAAACACCCUCGAAGAAGUACGCCGUGAAACCGAAGGCGCGACCUACCUCGAAUGUUUCCGCCGCUCAAACCUCCGCCGGACCAUCGUCUCGAUCAUGCCGAUGUGCAUCCAGGCAUUGUCCGGUGUGAUUUUCGCGGCCGGCUAUUCAACGUAUUACAUGCAGUUGGCCGGGUACAGCACGGCGAUGAGUUUCCGUCUUCAGAUUGUACAGCAAAUCAUGUCGCUGAUUGGGAAUAUCAUGUCGUACUUCGUGAUUGAUCGUGUCGGACGUCGGAACGUCAUGGUUUACGGGUUGGGCAUCCUGACCGCAAUUCUUAUGGUUACUGGUGGACUUGCAGUCGUGGGAUCCGACACUUCAAAUGCCAGCGCCGGCGGCGCCAUCAGGGGGACUGUGGCCUUGAUCUUGGUCUACUGCUGGUGGUACAACCUGACCAUUGGCGCGGCGGGAUAUACCAUUCUUGCAGAGGUGUCUACAUCACGACUGCGCAUCAAGACAAUUGCUAUUGGGAUGGCGUUGCAGAAUGCGCUGUAUACGAUGUGGUCGUUUGUUCUACCCUACCUGUUUAACCCCGAUGAGGCAAAUCUCGGUGCCAAGGUCUCGUUUAUUUUCGGGGGGCUUUGUGUGAUCUGUUUGGUGUAUCUUUGGUUUUGCCAGCCUGAGACGGCGGGUCGUACAUAUGGGGAGCUGGAUGAAAUGUUCAUGAAGAGGGUUCCGGCGAGGAAGUUCAAGGGAUAUCGAACUGAUGCAGAGGCUUUGGGGGUUGCGGCUAUGGAGGGUAUUAAUACGCAUGUUUGA